AAUCACCAGAUAAAGAUUUGUCCAAUUUAUCAAUUUUAUUCGCGUCAUCCGUUUCAAAAAUGACAGCAUCUAUAGCAACAUAUCCACACGAAGUAGUUCGUACAAGGUUACAAAACCAAACUUGUAAACCAUUUAAAUAUCUAGGAAUAUUGCAUGCAGUUAAGGUAAUAAGACACGAAGAAGGAUUUCUAGCUUUUUAUAAAGGAAUGUCAACCAAUCUUUUAAGAACUGUACCUGCAAGUGCGUUAACUAUUUUAACAUAUGAGGUUUUGGUUAGAAAGUUAAAUGCGAAUUCUGAUAAAGGUGGUUAA